AUGGAGGAUGCCAUAGUUCUGUAUCCUUCUCCGGCCAUUGGCCACCUUAUCUCCAUGGUAGAGCUGGGAAGGCUUGUACUCAAGCACCACCCUUCCUUCUCCAUCACCAUCCUCAUCACCAAUCCACCUUACAACACCGGCUCUACGGCCCCUUACAUCAGCCGCGUCUCCGCCACAACUCCAGCCAUCAAGUUCUACCACCUCCCAACCAUUUCUGUCUCUGUCCACCCUUCCUCUCCUCACCCUGAAACCCUUGCUUUCGAAUUUCUCCGACUCAACAACCCUCUCCUCCACCAAGCUCUUCUCACCAUCUCCCAAACAAGCAACGUCCGUGCCCUUAUCAUCGACUUCUUUUGCAUUACGGCUCUCACCGUUGCAGCUGAACUGAAAAUUCCGGUGUAUUGCUUCUUCACUUCCGGCGCCUGUUGCCUUGCUUCCUUCCUAUAUCUCCCCACCAUCCAUCGGAACACAACAAAGAGUCUUAAAGAUCUUGACACCCAUCUUGACAUCCCGGGCUUGCCACCAUUUCCCGGAACUGAUAUGCCGAAACCGAUGCUCGAUCGAACAGAUAAGGCCUACGAAUGCUUCUUGGAUGUAUGUGCCAACUUGCCAAAAUUAGCUGGAAUUAUCGUUAACACGUUUGAGUUGCUAGAGUCGAGAGCUCUCGAAGCAAUAAGAGAUGGUCUAUGUGUUCCAGAUGAACCUACUCCGCCUCUCUUCUGCAUAGGACCAUUGAUUGCGGCCGAUGAUCGAACAGGUGGUGGCGGCAUGCAUGAGUGUUUGGUGUGGCUCGACUCACAGCCGAGUCGUAGUGUUGUGUUUCUGUGUUUUGGCAGCUUAGGGUUGUUCUCGGCGGAGCAGUUGAAGGAGAUAGCUGUUGGGUUGGAGAGGAGUGGACAGAAGUUCUUGUGGGUGGUGCGAAGUCCACCAACAGAGGACCAAACCAAGCACUUCUUGCCACCAGCUGAGCCGGAUUUGGACUCAUUACUCCCAGAAGGUUUCUUGGAUCGAACAAAAGAGAGAGGACUUGUGAUCAAGUCAUGGGCUCCUCAAGUAGCCGUGUUGAAUCACGAUUCAGUGGGUGGGUUUGUGACUCACUGUGGCUGGAACUCGGUGUUGGAAGCAAUGUGUGCCGGCGUGCCUAUGAUUGCGUGGCCGCUCUAUGCAGAGCAGAGAUUUAAUAGAGUAAUUUUGGUGGAGGAAAUGAAGCUGGCGUUGGCAAUGGAAGAAUCGGAAGAUGGGUUUGUGAGUUCAGCUGAGGUGGAGAAGCGAGUCAGAGAGUUGAUGGAGUCGGAGGAAGGAGAUUCAGUGAGGAAGAAGACACAGGUUACAAAAGAAGCUAUGGAGACAGCAAUCACGGUGGACAGUGGUUCCUCUCGCCUUGCUCUGACCAAGUUGGCUGAGUCAUGGACUCGGGGCUGA